AUGGCUUCUAAUGUUUAUUCGGAUCAAAUCUUGAAAAACAAUAGCUUUGAUCUUCCUUGUCCAUGUCCAGACUCCCACAACAUCUGUAAUAGCUCCAUUGAGAAUCAAGUCAACCCCACCAAUCACCCUAUCCCCAUUUGGAAUCAAUUAUCAGUUGACAUUUCCAGCUUCGAAAUUAGCCAAGAAAGCCUUGCAGAGACCAAAGAUGUGGGCUCUCUUGAUCAACAACCAGGUGGCGUCUCUGCACUGGAAGCAGAUCCUGAAAAUGGGAUAUCAGUUGAUCAUGAAACAGAUCUUUCUCUUCAAUACAAAGCGACUGAUCAUACUAAAUCAGUUGAUCAUGGUACGAAUCCAAACCUGGAAGAGCAGCCUUCUACGAAGACGAAAGGCUUCCUCACACUAGCCUUGGAAGCUUUUAAAAAACAUACUUCAAUUAUCCUUCUUUUCUGCUGCGCCACACUUUCCAUUGUGAUCGACGUCAAAAGGAACGGUGCAGAAGGAGCAGUCUUUGAUGCUGUAGUUACGUACCUGGCCAUACUCACAGUUGUCUUCUUCGGCGCCAUUGCAAGAGUUUUCAAGAGGAACAAAAGACUGAUCAACAAGUUGUCAAGGAUCAAGUUGAUGAGACCAACAAUUAAGCACUUCUUGUUGGAGUCAUCAAGUGAGGAGUCGAAGUUGCAAAGCUCUAUUAAUACAACCUAUUCUCGUUUGGAAAAGAUUUGUUUGAGCCUGUCAUUGCUGCUUCUUGUAGCGCAGGUCCUCAGAUGCUUCCUAUUGGAAUCAGGGUGGUGUGACGAGAAUCACAACCCUGAUCCCAAAGGUGUGAAGAACACGGUGGAGGAGAUGAUGAGCGAAGCCACAAAAAUUAUCAAGAAGCAAGAACGUGUAAGGGUUAAUAGAUUGGUUUCUAUGCUCUGCUUAUUGGUCUUUGCAACAAGAGAUGGCUUGCCUUUAGGAAUUUCUAUCUCCUUGGCAUAUGCAUCUAUGAAAAUGAUGUGGUCGUAUCGAGCCAUGGUCAGGAAACUUCCAGCAUGUGCCACAAUGGGUUUGAUCACCACCAUCUGCACCGGUAAAACGAUUGAUCUAGCUCUGCAGCAUAAGAAGAUGGCGGAUUUGUGGAUCGGUUUCAACAAUAUCAAGGAAGUUUCAACAGAAGUAGCAAGUGAAGUCCUUGAUAAGUUGAGGGAGGGAGUGUCUAUGAAUAUGAUCAUGACUCAUACAAGCCCAGGAGAGGAUGCUGCUCUUCUUUGCUGGGCUCAGCAAGUGCUUGGUAUCAAUACAGAGGAGUCGAAUCGAAGUUGCACCAUCCUCCAUACGCACGCUUUUGAUCUCAACAAGAAUCAAAGGGGCUUAUUGUUAAGGAGAAAUGGUGAGGUUGGUGGUAAAGCUUUGCAUGUACACUGGCAAGUAGACCCUGAGAUGGCACUAUCCAUGUGUUCAGAAUAUUAUGACGUGGAUGGAACUAUGCAAACCCUAGAUGAAGACAAAAUGGUAGUUUUUAAGAAAAUCAUUGAAACUAUUUCCUCAGAGGGUCUCCAGUGCUUUGCUUUUGCAUACAAACAAAUUGUCGUACAAAAGAAAAAAGAAUCCCUGAAACUUGAAGAGGAAGAAGCAGAAGAAGAAGAAGAAGAAGAAAUCCUCAAACCCAUAGAGUAUGGCUUAACCUUAUUGGCCCUAGUGAUCUUGAAGAACCCUUAUACACCGCAGGUGAGAGAAGCUAUCAAAGGUUGUAGAGACGCAGGAGUUAAGAUCAAGUUAGUGGUGGGUGAUGAUCUAAACACAGCCAGAAUCAUGGCCAUCAAUUCCGGAAUUCUGAGUCCUGAAGAAGACAUUGAAGGAGCAAUAAUCAAAGCCUCUGACUUUCGAAGCAUCUCUGUGGAAGAACGCAUGAGCAUGAUCAAUAACCUCCGCGUGAUGGCCAACACCACCUCUUAUUCCGAUCAAUUAUUAAUGGUGCAGUGCUUGAGACGGAAUGGUGAGGUGGUGGCAGUCACUGGAACGUGCACUAGAGACUCUCCGUCCCUAGGCGAAGCCGACGUUGGGCUUUUUCUCGGUCAUAUUGGUGCAGAAGAAACAGAGGAAGAUGUGGACAUAGCUGUCUUGGACAUGGAUUUCUUGACAAUCUCUGACCUGUUAAAGUUGGGAAGAGGUGUCUGCAACAAUCUUGAGAAGUUCUUACAGUUCCAGAUGACUUUUAACAUUGUUGCCUUCACUUUGAAUCUCAUUCUUGAAGUUUGCACAAGUGAAAUGCCAAUAACACCAUUUCAGCUCCUGUGGGUAAACCUAAUUAUGGAUGUUCUUGGUGCCUUGGCUUUGGCCACCACAUCAAUGGCGGCGGAGCCACUGCCUUCUAUGAUUCAACUAGAGAGACCGCCGUCACCAGUAUAUGGUGCUGGCCGUUCAAUCUUAACCAAGAGAAUGAAGAUAAACAUUGCUGUCCAAUCUUUGUUCCAAGUCACUCUUCUAUUGAUUCUGCAUUUCAAGGGAAAAGCUAUUCUCCAGGUGGACGAGACCACAUUAGAAGCUUUAAUUUUCAACUCCUACAUGCUUUGCCAAGUCUCUGUACUGAUCAACACAAGAGAGAUUGACAAAACUAAUGGUUUUGAGGGGAUGUUUAAGCAUAAGAACUGUGGGUUUCUUGUCCUUCUAGGAGCCAUCGUUGUCCUGCAGCUGGUAGAGAUUGAGUUGGCUGCGGUUGUUGCUCAUUCAGCUAGGUUAGAUCUGAAACGAUGGUGCAUCUGUAUUGGAAUUGCAGCAGGAGCGAUGCUUAUAGACUGUUUGGAAAGCAUUCCAGCAGAGAAAGUUGAAGAUGGUGAUGAUCCCCUAGCACACUAA